AUGAAUAAAGCCAUUUUCAAACACAUGAUAAUGCCAAUAAAAAUAUUAUUUAGAAAAAUGCGUAUCUUAUUGGUUAUUCUAUUACUGAUCGUACAUACGUUUGUUAUUAUGAGAUAUUUGUCACCGUGGAUAAUUGAAGAAACUCAUUGGACGCGACACGAUUCCUUUCAUUUCCAACAAGCUUCGAAAAUGUUAAAAAAUAUGAGCGAUUUCACACAUUCACCGUUAUCCCCAGGACUUCAAUGGUGUUCGUCUAAUCCAUUUCUGUCCACUUACGAUCGAAAAACUGUUUUCUAUUUGGAACAUAUUUGGUACGAGUGGUCACAAAAACAACUACAAAAUGUAUACGAUAUUUUAACGGAAGUCGCUCGUUCACCUAAUACAACCGAAGAAAAUAUUGUACUUAUGAUCUAUCCUGACACAAAACAUCUUCCAUGUCCGGACAAAUAUGGAUUGAAACGUUAUGGAAAGUCCACUGAUACAGGAAAAGUUUUAUGUGGACUUUCAAGUCUUGCACCAUCGGUCGAUUGUAUUGUAUAUAGCUUAGGUUCGAAUAAUCAUUUUGAAUUCGAAGAAUCGAUCGCGAAACGAACAUCAUGUAAAGUUUACACUUAUGAUUGUACAAGCUUACCUCCGAAAAACCCGAUUCGAAAUGUUCACUUUCACCAAGUAUGUAUGGGUGAAAAGACGAAUUUACAAGAAUACAUGUAUCCAAAUAAUGGAACAAAUCGACAUCGUCAAAAUCAAACUUAUGUAUUUAAACGUUUUAGUGAAAUCUUGAAAGAAAAUGAUCACGAACGUGUUCAUGUGUUGAAAAUGGAUAUUGAAGGAGCUGAAUAUGCCGUGUUUGCGGAUAUGUUGAAUUCUGCACGAGAAUUUACCUUACCAUUUCAGAUUUCGUUCGAAUCUCAUUGGUGGUCACGUGAUAUUUAUCAUGCAACAUUGCAUCAACAGAUGUUCAACCAACUAUGGAAAAAUGGUUAUCGAUUUCUUCACCAUGAAAUCAAUCCAAACGAUAAUUCGUGUGUAGAAUGGACUUUAAUGAGAGUUUUCUGUUGA